CAUAUCCUAAAAAAAAUCGACGGCAACGAAUAAUCCGAAAUAUGAGAUGCGAGUCAUUGCGAAGCGACCGACGACGAACACAGAGAAAAAAAAACUCGUCCGAGAGAAGAAGAUGGGGAAAAAACAAAAAUAAAAUCAAAAAUAAAUUUCAAACGGAGAAAACUGAUAACCAAAACCACGAUAAGUAUCUUCUCAAAUGGUUGGUUUCGGUAUUGGUUCGCAUCCGAGUUGUAUCACAAUUAAAUUCAUAAACGGAUUUGUUUCGUUCGCAUUUUAUGCGCAGUCGACCGAAGGACAGAGGGAAGAAGUGGUGUGGCAAUUUAACGAAUCGUACGGGGACUGUAUUUAAAGUGCACAGCAUCGAACACACACAAAAAAUAACAACAAAGAGACACAAAUUAUCGACCAAAACAAAAAUAAUAUGGCAAGCAAUAAGGAAAUGGUUGUGAAUUCGGUGAAUUUCGAAAAACAGAAUGGCACGAACGAAAUCAACCAGAAGAAUCGGAAUAAAAGAUUAUUUACAUGGAAAACUGUAGCACUCAUUUGUGUAAUCAACGCAUCGCUUGGUUUAUUUGGAAAUGGUUCAUUUGUCGGUUGGACGUCGUAUGCCAUGGAUGGCAAUCUUGAUGAGACGUUUACGCCACAGCAGAAAUGGCAUAUAUUUUCAGUGAUUGGUUUAACAGCGGCACUCGGACCGUUAAUUAUUCAUCAAAUAUGGCAUUUUGUCGGAUCGAAGCGUUUCAUUUUGAUGGCCAACUUUUUGAUGGUUGUUGCAUGGAUUCUUGUCAUGGUUUUCAGGGAGAACUAUUUGAUUUUUUUGGUGGGUCGUGGCAUUGGCGGACUUGCCGUCGGAACACUCCAUUUCCUGAUUCCGCUCUACAUAUUCGAUAUCGUUCCUGUCCAUCAACAACCUUUGUGCCAUUCAAUUAUGCAACUGCAGUUCGUGCUCGGGAUCUUGUCGCAGUACAUUCUGAGUUUGUUCAAGAGUUUUCUGAUCAUCGAUUUAUUGCCGGCAAUUACGUCAGCGUUGCUGUUCAUAACAUUUUUUUUCAUGCCGGAAUCACCACGUUAUUUAUCGAUACGCGGCGAUGCGGAACGGGCCAACGAGAUUCUAGUGAAAUUCAAAACAGACGAUCGUGCCGUACAGAAUGAUUUGCAAUUAUGGACGAGUGCCCAUCAUAAGGUUGGCUAUUUAUCAGCGUUCAAGGAAGAAUUCAAUAUUGCGUACGCGAUUCCAGUGUUUGGCCUAUACAUUUUUGAACAACUUAUCGGUGCGGUACCAAUACUGUUCUAUCUUCAGAAUAUAUUUAAAUUGGCCGCAUGUGAAAGUGUUCUCUCUCGCGUAGAAUGUGAAUUUACGCCCGAAGUUUCAACCAUUCUGUGUGUCACCGUGUUUGUAGUUAGUAUUCUUGUGCCGCACUUCUUUGACGAUCGUAGCAUUAACAUAAAAGUCAGCCUAAUGUGGUCAACGAAUGUGAUGGCUGCCAUUCUGGGAGUGCUUGGUCUCUAUUGUCAUUUGCAUGGUUCAUUUGCGCCCAAUAACUUCGAAGAUAUUCGUUACAUACCGUUGAUAUGCCUAUCGCUAUUCUAUUUUCUAUAUGCUACCGGUCCGCAACGGCUUUCGCACGAAUAUGCUGAAAAGGUCAUUCCGAAAAAAUGCUACUUCACCAUGCGGUGUAUGCUCGCAACCACCAGCUGGUUUUUGAUAUACGUCAUAACAAGAAUGCUACCGCAACUGAUUGGCCACAUCGGAGUCGGAUGGUUGUUUUGGUUUAUGGCGGCAAUGUGCGUUCUUAUGUCCGUCUUCGUCAAAUUAUUCGUGGCUGAUCUGACCAAAGUGCCCGAAGAAUCUCGUUUGGUUGACAACAGCAGUGAGAGUAACAGCGAAGCCUAAAUUCAGCCCGCCGAGCAAGUGAGUGAAUACGCGCGCGAAGAUGAACAUUAAAGCAAAUUACAUAAGGGGAUGGGAGAUACGGAACGUAAAAUAAAAAUACAACAAAACGGAAACGAUACAAGAAUACCAAAUCACUGCCCUUUGGAUGUUUAACACUGGAAGGCAACACAUAAUUAAGAACUUUAGUAUGCAAUGCAAAACAAAAACCAACACUCUUGUGUGUUGUUGCAGAAGAAGAAAAAGAAGGGCAAGCUAGCGAUAGCAACAACAUCAACUAAAUUAGAAGCGAAGCGAAAAAAAAUUAAACAAAAAUUGAACAAGUGAACUUUUUAACAAGACUGAUACAUUUUAGACACUUGUAUUAUUAAGUUGUUUUUGUUGUUGAUUCCUAAGACAAUUAGAAAUGAACAACGAUUACGAACGAGCUAAGACAUUUAUGGGCACGGCAAUUUUCAGGUGUAUGUGUGUGAGUGUAUGUUACGGCCCAGUGUGAGAAUUUGAAAUAUCAUGAAUUUAUCAUUUAGAGUUUUAAGGCAAUAAAAAAUAUAUACAUUUAAAUACUUUGAUCGUAUUUGGGAGCUUUUUUUGUUUU